UGAAUCUCGGAUGGAGACAUCUUAAAGUCAAGUUUUCGUUCUUCAAUGGAGUAUCUAACUGUCGUUUAUUUUAAUCUGAUACAUGUUGAUCACCAUACACCAUGAUUCCAUGAGAACUUGACAAACGCUUAAAUUCUGUUUUCACUUUUGAUUUUCCAUGAACUUGUGAAGAUUAAACACUCUGUUUUGUUUAGGGUUAGCUUCAAUUUAGAAUUGGUAUAUAGGGUUUAUAUUCAAGCUGUUCGUAGUUACGUUGGCGAGAUGGGUAGUAUUAUUAGAAGUAUAUUUCCUAUUCGUUCUUCGAAAGAGGAUGAUGAUGAGUAUAAUGUGGAGUACUCUUUUGCCAUAGAGUACACUGGUCCUCCGGUUUCUUAUGAUAUUCCUAGGGCAGUUCCUGUUGAUGUUGUCUCUAUUCCGCUAGCCUCUGUUGUUUCUGUAUCUAGUUCUGGUGAUCUAUCAUUACCAAUUAUCCAUCCUGUUGUUAAGAGAGAUCCUAAGUUGGUUUUGUCUGAAAUUAACGAGAGUCGUCUUGGAUCGGAUCUGAUAGGUGCUGAUGCACACUCACCUAGUUCACCAGAGGGAGAUAGAAGUUCUAUUUCAUUAGGAUUUUCUGAUAGUCAUGAGAAUUCUCAGGAGUUUUCCAUGAGUUCAGAUGGAGAUCGUUUGGAUAACUAUUGCCAUGAGAUUGUAGAGUUGUAUGAUGCUAGUGAAGAGAAUCGACCUCACGAGGUCUUUUCAAGUUACGAUAACAGAACUCAGAUUGUUACUUUCAAUGAACCUGAAUCUGAUGCUAUGGUUCAAGAGGAAAGUAGUUUUGAUGACCCGGGAAUGGUGAUUCAAGAAAGGCCGCAUGCUAGUUCUCAUGUCAAGAAAGGGUUAUGCCACCGCUGCCUUAAGGGAAAUUGGUUCACCUUUAAGGAGUUUUGCAUUGUAUGUGAUGCAAAAUACUGUAGUAAUUGUGUGCUGAGAGUAAUGGGGUCAAUGCCAGAAGGUAGGAAAUGCAUUACUUGUAUUGGGUAUCCUAUUGAUGAGUCAAAACGUGAGCAUUUGGGGAAAUGUUCAAAGGUUCUUAAGCAAUUGCUCUCAGAUUUUCAAGUGAAACAGAUAAUGAAAUUUGAAGAGUCCUGUCACAUAAACCAGCUACCGUAUUGGCUUCUUACCGUGAAUGGCAAACAACUUUCUCUAGAAGAAGCAGUUCAAUUGCGUACCUGUGCCUACCCACCAAAAAGCCUUAGACCAGGAAGCUAUUGGUAUGAUAAGUUGUCUGGUUUUUGGGGAAAGGAAGGGCAUAAGCCUUGCCAGAUUAUUAGUCCCCAGCUGUCUGUUGGUGCUCCCAUUAAGGAAAAUGCUAGCAAUGGGACCACAAAAGUAAAGAUAAACAAUCGGGUGAUCACCAAAGUGGAGCUAUUGAUGUUAAAGUUUGCCGGAAUCAAUUGCGAAGGUUCCCCUAGUUUUUGGGUAAGCCAUGAUGGAUCCUAUCAGGAAGAGGGACAGAAUCAAGUGAACGCAAAAAUAUGGGAAAUGUCUGGAAUAGAGGCAAUUUGUGCACUCUUGUCUUUGCCAGUGCCAUCCAAAUCCUUUAUCUCGUAUGCAGAAGAUAUGGUCAACAAUGGCGGUAAAUUGGGGCAGGAAAACAUUGAUACGAAAUCGCUAACAAAACUACUUCUAGUUGGUCAAGAUCAAUCUGGGACAAGCGCUAUCUAUAAGCAGGCCAAGAUUCUUUACAAUGUUCCAUUCUCGGAAGAUGAGCGUCAAAAAGCUAAGUCAUUGAUCCAAAGCAACUUGUAUCUUUAUAUCAGCAUUCUGCUCGAGGGUGUGAAACAAUUUGAGGAAGAAUAUUCAAUGCAGAUAAGGAGAAAACUCAUGGAUCAACCUAGUACUUCAGCUGCAGGGGGUUUGGCCGAAAACAUUGAAACAAACAUUUAUUCAUUAAGUGCAAAACUGAAAUACUUCUCCGACUGGCUUCUUCAAAUUGUGGCAUCAGGCAAUCUGGAACUUGUUUUUCCAGCUACAACACGUGAGUAUUCACCAGUAGUUGAGGAACUAUGGAACAAUAAAGCCUUUCAAGCAACCUAUGCUAGACGGACUGAACUUCAUGCGCUCCCCAUAGUUGCCGAUUAUUUCUUACCUCAGGCUGUUGAAAUCUCGAGGCCAACUUAUGAGCCUUCUGAUGUGGACAUUCUGUAUGCUGAUGGCAUUUCAUCUUCUAAUGGGCUUACUUCAAUGGAGUUCUCGGUUCCCUCUUUGCUUCCAGAUAUCUUCAUGGAGGCCACCGAGCAGACCAAUCUACUCCAAAGGUACCAACUGAUUCGAGUGAAUUCAAGCAGCUUAGGAGACAACUGUAAAUGGCUAACCAUGUUUGAAGACAUCGAUCUCAUCCUCUAUUGCGUCGACUUAACUUCCUACAACGAGUUUUACACCGACAACAACUUAAUCGUCAAGAACAAGAUGUUAGAAAGCAAAAACAUCUUCGAAAACAUCAUCACCCAUCCACGAUUCAAAGACAAAGCAUUCCUUCUAAUACUCAAUAAGUUUGAUCUGCUCGAAAAAAAGAUCAAAACCGACCCUCUGUCGCAAUGCGAGUGGUUUCACGACUUCAAUCCGUUCGUCACCAGCCAAGCCUUUAGUAGCGAUGUAAGCUCGAGAAAUAAAGCAACAUUGAUGGCGCAAUAUGGUUUCCAGUAUAUCGGUGCAAAGUUUAAGAGGAUGUUCAGUGAGUUGACGGGGCGGAAACUGUACGUGUCGCCGGUGACGGGAUUAGAGGUGGAUAGUGUUCGUGCAGCUCUUAGGUACGGGAAGGAGGUUUUGAGAUGGGUGGAUGAAGAAAAUAAACCAAAGUCUAGUACCAAUGAGUGGUCUUCUGAAAGUAUUGAGACCAACUCAUAAGGCCACAAUUUAGUUCAGGUCAGGUUACUGGAGAUUUUUCUGUCUGUUAUAUUUAGGGUCAAGCUGAUUUGAAUCCCGCAGUUAUAGAAAAAAGACACAUCGGAACGGUAAUAUUACAGAUUAAACGUA